UAGUCAGACAGGUCUAUUUCUUAAGAUGGUCUUGCGCAUUUCUCAUUCCGGCCAUCUUCCAAGACAGUGUUAGGUUGGCCUUCAUCGGUACAUCGAGGCAGAUUCGGUUGGGUUCUCGAAAGGGGUAGACACACUCAUAAGACCUCACAAGAUAGUAACUGUGAUUCAAAUUGCAUCUAACUUAAGCAACUAUCAUUCAAAUUCGACAAUAUUAAGUGAGAAAAAUUAUUGUAAUGUAAAUUCAGUUACUAGUUCAGAUACAUUCAUUAGUAGAUUUUAGCGUGUGAAUUGUACAUUUGUAUUAUACGUUUCGGGUGCAUAAAUAUAAGUUAAAGAGUUGAACGGGGAUAAAAAUGUGGCUGAAAAAGAUCUUAUUCGUAAUAUUUAUUUGUAUCAACAUUUCGCGCGGUCACACAACUCAACGGCCAGGUCGCGAUGAUGAUUCAAACCCACUCUUGGACAUGGCAUCCGCUUUCCUGCAAGAUGCCCUCGCGAAUCAAAACGGGAAUGCAGGCGGAGGAGGAGGAAUUGCGGGUGUUGCAGCACUUCUGGGCAACCUAAUGCAACCUGGAGCCACAGGGAAAUCUAAUUCAGGAUUAGCGCAAAUCAUAUCCGGUUUGGGAAGUAUGCUGAGUAACUCGAAUAACGGAAAUGGUGGCGGUAUUGACCCAUCGAUUAUUGGAAAUGUGAUUGAGUUGUUCACCCAACCGGAUCCCCAAGAAGAUACUGGAAGUCACAGACAAAAACGGAAAGCUCCUUCAGAAGAGUCAGGAAUCGGUUUGGAUUCGAUUCUACAAAUAGCUAGCGCUUUCAUGAAUAGCCAGAAGCAAUCGGGAAGAAGUUCGGGAGGAAAUCAAGGUGAGGGACUCAUGAGCCUUCUGCCAAUGGUUCUCCAAGCAGUGAAUUCAUUUAGUGGACCGGAAGGACAAAAAACCCAAGAUAGGCAUAAGGAUCACGCUUGGGUACUCCCACCGUUUUUAGAAAAUAUUCAUGUUCUUUGGGAUCACUUUUCGAACUCGGAACUGGCAGAAGCGUUAUGGCACAAGUCUGGAAUUAAUGCUAUCUUCAAGGGAUUCACUGGACGCGACGGGAAACUCGACUACGACAAAUUAUUCGACUCAUUGAACAAUCAGUCAUUUAGACGACGUUGGAUAAAGGCAGCGACGGUUUACCUGGCUGAUUGGGCUAGUUAUCUUGCCAACCCCGAAGUUUAUCAAAGGUAUUUCCAAACUGCCUUAAUGAUGACUAAUGGAUUCUUGAAAUCUCAAGGCUACCCGAAGACGGCAUUCUUUGACCCGGCCCGUCCCAGUGAAACCAUUUCUAACUUAGUGGAUCAUAUUGCCAAGCGCCAUUUGAAUGUGAAGGUCGACUCCAGAACGUAUGUGAAGCCAGCCGUCAGUUACAUCAAAGAACUCUUGAAAUUAGGCCAAGCUCGAGGCCUUCUGCAGAAAUUCAAUGCUACAGAUUUAAGCGACAAACUGACUGACACACUUAAUCUCGAGGUAAUUGAACCAGUUCUUAAGACACAUCGUGCCUACCGUUUUGCAAUGGAAAAUCCUCAAUGUGAUAAAUUUGUUUUAUGCGAUAUAAAUUCGCAUGAUCCAAAUGAAAAGCUAGGCCUGGCUGGUUUUAAAUCUGGUACAACAAAAGUUGGAAGUAUGGCAGCUGCAUGGGUAAUUAGCGCGCAUACUGGAACGCCGUUUUGGACACUUUUCGCCAUCAUAAACGACCCAUACAAUUGUGAGACACGAUUCCCAGUAGACUGCACUGGAUUCCACGAAGGAGAAGCAAAGGUCACAACAGAAUAUAUUCACAAUGAGCUUUGAUCGUCCUUAUAAGAAUUAUAGCAUUUUUAUCAAUAAAUUUAUUUAGUUCUAUGUAAAUA